CGUUAAGCGAGAACUGGGGAGGAGCACAACAGGCGGUCUCAUAGCUUUGAAAAGAGGACGAUUUGGACGGCUUUUCACUUACUGAUUCCCGGCCAAGUAGCCUCUUCUGCCAGCAACACUUGGCCUCCAAACGGCGGUUAAGUCCUUCGUGGCCAGUCGGGGCGCGGUGAAUCGACGAGGCUCUUUCCGAUUCCUGCCUUCUUUGCACAUUGUGAGGAGCCUGGCUCAUAUUCGGGAGCCUCCAUUCCUAGCGCCAGGCGGCUUCCCAAGGGAUAGAGUAGUGUUGAGUUGACCGAAAGGUGAGCAUCUUGACGUCAAGCUUCUCCGGUAAUUUUCCCCCUACCUCCUAGACCGAUCUUUUCUCCUUCAACAAAGUGAAUUUUAAGUGUGAGUUGAGAAGUGAAGCCCAAAGAAAAAGUUACCCCUCAAGACUGCCAGCCAUUUCACCUUCGAUCCAAGUUUACGUUGUUCAGAGGCUCUCGUGGGUGGGUAUCAGUUUGAGAAGGAGAUGAACUUCUCUGCCUUGUGUUGAGUUGAAAAGUGAAUUGUCGAGUUGAACAAAAGUUGUGAAAGGGCCCACUCUCAGGCGUGAAGAGGACAAGCAAUUGAAAGUCGAGACACCAUCGAGGGCGAACAGCUCAAGGGGGAAUUCAAAUCUUAAAUCUGGUUUGCUACAAAUUAACUGAUUGAGGUUUUGAUAUCCAAGGUAAAGGUGACGACCACCAUGGAACCACUGGAACGGGAAAAAGGUCGAAUUUUGAUAAAAUAACCUCCUUUCGAAAUUGGUUGGCCGAGUCGGGAACCCCGCCAAACCUGGUGUGAGAGCCUCUUUCGUGGUCUCAUAGGACUCCUUCAUCGAGAAGAUAGGGAUCAAUCUGUAUCUCGUCCUUGAAUCCCACCUGAUAUUGGAUCAUUAUGGCCUUGCCACAUUCGAUCCUGAGUCGUUCCCAAUUAUGGGCUUCACCGUCCAAGGUCAUGACGGCUCCAGGUUCAUUGGCUCUACUUCUGUGGAUCCUCCUCUUACCCACGCUCAUUUCAUCUGAGAAUGAAGCAGCUAAUUCUAAAAGGGAUCGAUCUUCUUACGACCCUCCUUUCCUAUUUGGUGAUGCCCCAGGGAACACUACAGUACAAGUGGGUGGAACAGCGUACCUUCACUGCCCAGUUUUUAACCUUGGAGAAAGACAGCUCACAUGGAUUCGUCGACGUGAUUGGCAUAUUUUAACCCAUGGAGCCGUGACCUUCACCACCGAUGAUCGCUUCCAAUUGGUGAAAGAGGAACAUGUGGACGAUUGGGUUCUGCAAAUUAAACAUGUUGUGGCCAGAGAUACCGGCUCAUAUGAAUGUCAGGUGACGGCCGAUAGUGGAAUCCGGUCACGCAGGGUCGACCUCAAAGUUGUCACGCCUGAGGCAUUUAUCCUGGCUGAUGAAGAGUAUCACAUUGAUCGGGGAUCCAGCCUCUCCUUGGUUUGCAUCAUUGAGAAGGCCACCACUCCACCUCAGUAUGUGUUUUGGUAUCACAAUGAGCGCAUGAUCAAUUACGACUCGGAACGGGGGAUUUCCGUGACCACGACGCCUGGGCGGAAAACCCAUUCCCAACUCUUCAUACAAAAGGCGGACAUCUCAGAUUCCGGGAAUUACACCUGUGAGCCAUCCAGCUCCAUCCCGGCCUCAAUACAAGUCUUUGUGUCGGGUUCUGAGGUCAAACCGUGGGUCACAAGUGGGUCCAUGUUGAUCCAGGGUGGAUUUCUGUCCCUAUUCGCCGGUCUGCUCGUAUUCCACACCACGUGUCAAGAACUCCUGGUUCUCACAUCGAUCUCAUUUUCGAGCCAUACUCGCUCGAUAUUGCUCAAAGCGCCCCAUAGUCCUUCUACAAUUGUGUUCUGAGGAAUGGGAACCAAUUUGUUGCAAUACUCUUUGAUAUCCCACAUUGUACACGUUCAAGCUGGUCGGACGAAAAUAGGACAACAACCACAUCAAAAACAGUCCAAGCCACCAACGCAAUUCAAAACUCCAUAGUAUUCUUGAAGAGAGAAGGAACGAAUGAAAUGUACAAGCCGACAAGGAACCAAAGAACCCCCCCCUCACGUCCUUGGCUAACGACAAAAGAAAGUGGAACAAUGAAGCAGCGGAUUUAAAGAGAGGGGAAUUUGACUUUGAAAUUGAAACCUCUCUCCCUUUCCAUUGCUGGCUGUUGUUGUUGUUGUUGUUGUUGUUGUUGAGGUUGUGUUGCUGCUGUUGGUGGUGGUGGUGUGAGUAUAGCUGUCGUCGUCGCUGGAUGAGGUUCAUUGCGAGAGUUCCAUCUUCCAACAAAGUCUGGCUUCCUUCUUUUCGUUUGAGGCUCGUUGAAUAACAAAGAGUGUGGAAGAUGGGAUUUGAACGCGGCGGUCUUUGUUUCUUUGGCUCACAAAAAUGCUACCAACCAACUCAUGCCUCAUGGACGUUAAUGUGUGUGUGUGUCUGUCUGUCUGUCGAUUCGUCAGUCUGUUUGCUCGUCUCUUGAGACCUCCUUACAUGAACACGAUGGGAACAGGCCAGGUCAUCAUCAUUCCUGGGACACAUUUCAAGCACCGUAAAAUGUGCUUGUUGGUGCAAUUGAUUUCUAAGAACCCUCUAAAUGGAAUCUUCGCGGGGAUCCAAGGACAAGAAAGGGCUUGUUUGUGCAAGGCAGUUUUAUGCUGCUGUUUUUUAUGUUGUGACAAAUUGGCAAACAGACUAUGGCUCUCAUUGAAGGAAAAAUAACUCUUUGUCUCUUGAACAGUUUUUGCAUUGAAUAUUUGACAGUAAAAGGCAGGCAAAAGCCACAAACAAACAACAACAACAAGAGGAAAACUGCUAAGUAGCGGCGGCCAUUCUUGCCGCAUAAAUGGGACGCCUCGAUUGUUCUGGACAUGGACGAGAAACGUGGUUCCAAAUCAAAUAGUGGAAAUGACAAAUGGAACAAUGAGGAUUUCCCAAAGUACCAUUUUUCUGAACUUAACCCAAAAGUGACAGAUCUGGAACGUGAGGAACACACGGAGCCAAGAGGGGGGUGGACGCCCCCUCCAGUUCAAGGACAAUAACUCAUGAAGAAAAAAGAGUGAACACCGACAAAGCGUUCUUAUUCCACUCAGUUUUUUAACAUCAAAUGGUUCUAGACAAAUGUGCUAUUCCCACUUGCAACUUCCGAAUGACCUUGUACAUAUAAAAGGUUUAACGGCCGAAAAUCAAACCAUGUUCACCUUCAAAGCAGAAUCCCCUUUGCCCCUUCCCUCUCUCGGCCUACUGGAACUUUUUUGUCCCCAAUUGAUUAGAGUCUGAAAUUGUUCUAUGAUGUCUCAAAUAGUUGCCCUCAACUUCAAUCUUGACACGCAUUUUUUUUCCUGUUCAACAAGUUAUGCUAGUUGAAAUCAGUCACGAUCUGAAUACCGAAUUCUUUGUGUUGAGGUUUCGAGAUUCCACACAAAACCAUCCGCAGCGAGGGCUAACUUCGAAAGGGAACAUUUGACUUGUCCAAACACGAAUCGUAUCAAAAUGUUGUAAUCGGUCUCUUUUGCGAGGGCAAAUGCCGGCUUCCCAUUGUUUUAUGGCGAAAUGUUGGGCGACCAUGGGCUGAAUAUUUACUUUGGAUCGACGCAAAAUCGACGAAACUAAAGUAUGUGGUUACUUAGCAACACGUCUGAACGUAAUCAAAAUAGCUCAAUUGAGGUUCCACUCAAAAACCGAAACUCAAAUUGAAUCGGGACAUUCAACUUUGUCUUCAAAGUCAGAUCUAAUCUCUAAUGCUAUGUAAUUGUUAUGAUCGCUAUUAUAUCCAAAUAUUAUCAAUGCCUUCGGAAAACCAAUAAAACAACCAAGAAUGUCA